AGCACGUCCGCAGCCUAGCAGCAGAAACAGAAGGCAUAAACAAAGUAGUAAAGCUAGCUGCUAACCAGCUAUCUAGCCGAGCAGUGAACCUCAAGGCAUGUUAGGCCACCAUGAGAUCCCGUUUCAUUGCCGCUACGUGAGCAAGAACAGCUUUUAUGCAUCUUGUUUUGUCUCUUGCUGCCCCGAUAUUCAGCCUGAACGAGAUACCGUUAAAACAAGCUAGUUUUAGCUUCAGCUAGCUAACCCCAAGCUAGGAUGCUAAAUUAACUUAAGCUCCAGUAAGGCAUAACGUCGACGUUAGCACAAAGUCGGUUUACAUGUAGCGACACGAGUUCGUGUUUUGGGGAAUAAACCUUACUUAACCUAAUGUAAUAUCCUAAUUCAACAGCACCGAGUACGCUAGCAAUUUAACUCGAUACGUGGACCGUUAAGAGCUGAGCAAUGCUAACGCUAUGAGCUAGUUAUGUAGCUAAUUGAGGUUGAACCGAGCCGCUAGAUAGCUACUUGUCAUCUACUAAACAAGGCUGGUUAGUGGUGUGACAUUCCUACCUAGAUGACCAGUUGACUUGACCUGCGAUGUUUAGUCUGAUGGCGAAUUGCUGCAACUGGUUGAAACGCUGGCGUGAGCCUGCAAGGAAGGUGACGCUGGUUAUGGUGGGACUAGACAAUGCAGGGAAGACUGCCACGGUCCGAGGGAUCCAAGGGGAGAGCCCGCAGGAUGUGGCUCCCACUGUGGGUUUCUCCAAGGUGGACCUGAAGCAGGGCAAGUUUGAGGUCACUAUCUUCGACCUCGGCGGUGGCAAGAGGAUCCGGGGCAUCUGGAAGAACUACUACUCUGAGUCGCACGGCGUGGUGUUUGUGGUGGACUCCAGCGACGUACAGCGGAUCCAAGAGACACGGGAGACCAUGGCUGAGGUCCUCCAGCACCCACGCAUCGCUGGCAAGCCUGUCCUCGUGCUUGCCAACAAACAGGAUCAGGAGGGAGCACUGGCCGAGGCAGACAUCAUUGAGAACCUGUCGUUAGAGAAGCUUGUGAAUGAGAACAAGUGUCUUUGUCAGAUCGAGCCAUGUUCUGCAGUCUUGGGCUAUGGCAAGAAGGUGGACAAGUCCAUCAAGAAUGGCUUGAACUGGCUUCUCAACAACAUUGCCAAAGACUAUGAGGCUAUUACUGAGCGUGUGCAGAAAGACACAGCUGAGCAGCGCGCCCUGGAAGAGCAGGACAGGAAGGAGAGAGCAGAGAGAGUGCGGCGAAUACGAGAGGAGAGAGAGAGGCUGGAGAGGGAGGACGCAGAGCGCAACGGCGGGCAGAUACAGGAAGAGGAGCCUGAUGAUGAGAACAUGCCAAGUCCCUUCCAGCCCAUAGGCAAUCUAAUCACUGAGAAUGAGGACAAAGAGAAGGAGAGGAGUCGGCUAAGAGAGCUGGAGCAGUGCAGGGCCAACAGCCUGAAGGGAGAUGAAGAUCAAGAGGAAGAGGAAUAUGAGGAGGAUAAUGAUGAAGAGCCAGAUGAUGCAAGGCAAAUGCCCGAAACAGCCAACUCUGGUGAGUGUGAACAAGGCAAAAAGAAGAGCAGGAAACUGCACCUGAAGAGGAAGCACCGGGUUGACCCGCUGAGGACAGAGGACGUCCCCACAGAGAGCCCCACCCCUCCACCCCCUCCAGUGGGAUGGGCCACACCCAAAGCUUCUAGGCUGCCAAAACUAGAGCCACUUGGGGACUCGAGACAUUCUGAAUUUUACAGGAAGCCGCUGCCGCCGGUCGCGAUUAGGCUGCGGCCUAACGGUGAUGCUCAUGAUGUCAUUUCCUAAACCCCGCCCUCCCCCUUUCAUUGACUCUGACUCUCCCCCAAUCAUGGCUCUCCCCUUUUUUGCUUUCUGUCUCAAGCACGCAGUGUAUAGACAACCAAAAACUCACUGCAGCGGAUCGGAAGACGUGGCAGCCUAUGAGCUCGGAAGCCCGACGGACUUGUU